AUGCGUGAUUCAAACUAUAGAUCCAUUUCAAGUAAUAAAGCCGCCGUCACUAUAACAGCCAGUCUAUACGAUAGAAGAGCCCUAGACGUCACCUCCGACAAGCCAUUGGUCAACUCGCUAAACUACCUCACCUACUUGGUGAGCUCAUCGGCAAAAGUACGAGAAACUUUGGCCACCGAUGGAGGCAUUGAACGAUUGGUCGACAUAUUGCACGAGUGCCACAAUUUUAACCACUUCCUGGAUGACAAUGGAGAGAAGAAAUUGUUGACGGCGUGGAAGUGGACUUUGGCGUUCCAGUGUAUCGUCUUGGUGGGCACAAGAGGCACGGAAAAGAUUCGCCAAAAAGUGGUAAAAGCGGGGAUUUUGCCCAUAAUCGCCACAGUUUUGGACAACUACUUGUCCUUGCAUGAAAGAUCUUUUCUACGCAUGAACACCAAGCCAAUGGACGCCAGUAAUGCGAACGCAAGUGCAACUACUCCAGUGGAGAAUGUAUUUCGCCAGCAUCCAGAAGGUCAAUCUGAAAGCUUUUUGAUUCAAAGCAUUGCCCAUACCCAGGAGGCUCGUUUUAGAGCUCCAGAUCCAAUAGUAUUUGAUAACCAAGCAGCUGCCAUUUUCCCUAGUCAAGAAUUCUGCAGCAAGCAUCGAGUUUACCCCGAGGACCUCAAUUUGGCCAGUUUAACCAUUGAUGAUUACGAAAACUCGAGCGUCGAUCAACUAUUCCGAUUGCUCCGACUGGCUCAUUUCCAAUUUCAAGACGAAGAUAGAGGCAGAAGAACGCCUCAACCACCAGCGCAUGGCCGUGGCAUUUCCAUCGAACAGGACGUGAAGCGAGCAUUUGUGGUGUUGAACAUUUUGAACAGAUUGAGGGAAACAAAGGAAGCAGAGGCAUUGGAACCUGGGUUUGUCAGCGACUGCGAGUAUGAAAUGGACAGCAACUUGACUUUCUUGUCCAACUUGUACAGCCGGGACUUUGAAAUCAACAGCACGUCCAAUUCCAAGUUGGCAGUACGCGAGUUUACAGAAACAGGGGUCGUGAUACCGAAAGAUGAUGAUAUUGUUUGGUCGUUGCAACUAUUGGCAUACAUCUCGAAAUACCCCAAUCUCAAGGAUAUACUACAAAACACCCAUUUAGUGUUGGACAUGAGCAUCAGAGACAAGCUGUUCAAGGUCUUUGUUGAAAACCAAAUGAAACUCAAGAUGAAGAUGAAGAUGAAGAGUAAGAAGAACGCCGCGGUGCGGUUGCGGCCUACAAUCACUCCAAAGACGAGGAAACCGAAAACCACAUAUGUCGAAAGAUUCAGCCCCAGUGCUUCCAACUCUCCGCAGAUGGUCACCGCGUUGAAUGAUGACAAUUUGAUACUAAGCGACGAGCAAUUUGCACUUUGCGAUUCAGGUAUACCCGAGGAAGGACAAAGAGGUGGCUCGAACUCGGUUAGAGAUGCUGUUGUUUACAGUGCCGUGGGAGAAGCCGAGGACGAAGAAGCAGAAGAUGAAGAUGAAGAUGACGAUGAAGAUGACGGAGAUGAAGGGGAUGAUGAAAAACAACAGCAACAAGAAGACGACGACGACACUGAUGAUUUUGAAGAGACAAUCUCAGACUCGAGCGGCAGUGUAGCCAGCGAUUCGGUAAGGUCGUCAACAAACUACAUGUCCAAACUUCACCACUGGAUAACGAUGUAUGAAACAAUCACCGACGAAUUCGAGCGAAGUGUGAGAAUGUACCAGCUAAUGGACAAGUUGAAUAAAUUCAUCGAAAUGGAAAGCAUGAAUCUUUCCAGCACUAUAAUCGAAACGCGCUUGAAAACCAAGGCCUAUCUCCAGGAGAAAUGGAACUACGACACUUAUCAAUACUUUAACGUCGACGACUGCGACGAGGAUAAAGACGACAGCUUGACUGAACACAAACGAGUCAACCUCUUCCCCAUUGUGGAAAAGUUCACUUUUUUAUCGGGCUCAGAUAUGUACUACUGGUCGGGGGUCAUAAUGCGCAACUCGUGUCGACGAAAUGACCUAAAAGGUGGCGUGCGACAGUGUGGAAAUCUAGAGUGUGGCAAGUGGGAGAAGUACCCACGCGAGUUUCUGAAAUGUCGAAGAUGCAAAAGAACCAAAUACUGUUCACGAGAUUGCCAGAUGCGUGCCUGGCACUGUCAUCGCAACUGGUGUAUUCCUAGCACUUCGAGCAGUAAUACCACUUCGAAUUCUUCACUUCAUACACAACUGCUUGGCGGUGUUACCGGCGUUGCCACAACCGCUGGCGGUGGUAAUGCUACUGCAGCAGCAGGUGCUGCUGGAGGUACUGCCGGUGGAGGUGCUGUUUUCACUGGUGGUGGUGCUACUACAGCUAAUUUGGAAGAUAGUGUAGGGCAACUUGAUAGUGAAGCUUUGGCGGAGGACGGCAAUGAUGGCAAUGAGAGUCCGCUGGAACUGGCAUAA